UCCCGGCUUGCUCUCUUUGGGCAAGUGAUUAGUUCUCUUGUCUUGGGAUUUCUUUCCGUUGCUUACGAUGUCUGGACGUGGCAAGCAGGGAGGUAAGGCUCGCGCCAAGGCGAAGUCUCGCUCUUCUCGCGCCGGGCUGCAGUUUCCGGUGGGCCGCGUGCACCGCCUGCUCCGCAAGGGCAACUACGCCGAGCGGGUGGGGGCCGGCGCGCCGGUGUACCUGGCGGCCGUGCUGGAGUACCUGACGGCCGAGAUCCUGGAGCUGGCGGGCAACGCGGCCCGCGACAACAAGAAGACGCGCAUCAUCCCGCGCCACCUGCAGCUGGCCAUCCGCAACGACGAGGAGCUCAACAAGCUGCUGGGCCGCGUGACCAUCGCGCAGGGCGGCGUCCUGCCCAACAUCCAGGCCGUGCUGUUGCCCAAGAAGACCGAGAGCCACCACAAGGCCAAGGGCAAGUGAUCUGGCAGUCCUCUGAGUUUCCGGAAGCGCUUUCAUACCCAAAGGCUCUUUUCAGAGCCCCCCA